GGCGGGCUGGGGCCUGGGAGAGGCCUGACCAGUCCAAGUCAGUCAGCCAGUCGAGUCAAGUCAGUGAAUAAGGGAGCGAAACAGCUUCCCCUCAGGGAGGCUGCGUGUGAGAGGAGCGUGAGGGCUUUUUUUUUUUUUUGCACGCACGCCCCCACCCACGCACGCCCUCGAGCUCUUUUGUUUUCCUCCUCCGGGUGAAUUACUUCGCUUCACCUCGCCGCGCGCGCGCUUUUUUUCGGUUUUUUUUUUUGAAACUCCCCUCUUCCUGUCCGUCCCCCGCCUCCUCCCCCUCGUCCUCUUCCGCCGCCACAAGGAGUUGUGUGUGGGGAGGGGGGGAGGGGAAGUAGUAGAGGAGAGGAGAGUCGUUUCCGCCGGGGGUGGGGCCACCCCGCCGCAGCUGAGGGAGAGAAGUAAAGAGCGCGAAGGGAGAGAGCGGCCGGCCGAGUGAGCGGGGACAGCGGCAGGAACAGCAGGCGGCGGCGGCGGCGAUCACCGACUCCGGUGCUCCCUUUCCCUCUCCCUCCCCCCCUCCGCCUCUCCUCCCCACCAGGCUCUCUCGCCUCACGCCGCCGCCAACAUGGAGCUCAUUACGAUCUUGGAGAAGACGGUCUCGCCAGAUUGCACCGAGCUUGAGGCAGCUCAGAAGUUCCUGGAACAGGCGGCCAUCGAGAACCUGCCCACUUUCCUUGUGGAACUGUCCAGAGUGCUGGCAAACCCAGGGAACAGCCAGGUUGCCAGAGUUGCAGCUGGUUUGCAGAUCAAGAACUCUCUGACAUCUAAAGACCCUGAUGUUAAGGCGCAGCACCAGCAGAGAUGGCUUGCAAUCGAUGCCAAUGCUCGUCGAGAAGUCAAGAAUUAUGUUUUGCAGACCUUGGGUACAGAAACCUACAGGCCCAGCUCAGCAUCACAGUGCGUUGCUGGCAUCGCCUGUGCAGAGAUCCCCAUGAAUCAGUGGCCUGAACUUAUUCCGCAGCUGGUAGCCAAUGUUACAAAUCAGCACAGCACAGAACAUAUGAAAGAGUCAACAUUGGAGGCCAUCGGCUACAUUUGUCAAGAUAUUGAUCCAGAACAGCUUCAGGACAAGUCUAAUGAGAUAUUGACAGCCAUUAUCCAGGGCAUGAGGAAAGAAGAGCCAAGUAAUAAUGUGAAGCUAGCGGCUACCAAUGCACUCCUUAACUCUUUGGAAUUCACCAAAGCAAAUUUUGACAAAGAGUCUGAAAGGCACUUUAUUAUGCAAGUAGUCUGUGAAGCAACACAGUGUCCGGAUACAAGGGUGCGAGUAGCUGCCUUACAGAACUUGGUGAAGAUUAUGUCCCUCUAUUAUCAGUACAUGGAGACAUAUAUGGGUCCUGCACUUUUUGCUAUCACAAUUGAAGCUAUGAAAAGUGACAUUGAUGAGGUAGCUCUACAAGGAAUUGAGUUCUGGUCAAAUGUCUGUGAUGAAGAAAUGGACCUCGCUAUUGAGGCAUCAGAGGCAGCAGAGCAAGGAAAGCCACCGGAGCAUACCAGCAAAUUCUAUGCCAAGGGUGCACUUCAGUACCUUGUCCCAAUUCUCACGCAGACACUGACCAAACAGGAUGAGAAUGACGAUGAUGAUGACUGGAACCCCUGCAAAGCUGCCGGGGUCUGCCUCAUGCUCCUGGCCACUUGUUGUGAAGAUGACAUUGUUCCUCAUGUUCUGCCCUUCAUCAAAGAACACAUAAAAAACCCAGACUGGCGAUAUAGAGAUGCUGCAGUCAUGGCAUUUGGAUGCAUUUUGGAAGGACCAGAGCCCAACCAGCUCAAACCCCUUGUUAUUCAGGCUAUGCCUACCCUAAUAGAAUUAAUGAAGGACCCCAGUGUAGUAGUAAGAGAUACAACUGCAUGGACUGUGGGUCGGAUCUGCGAGCUGCUCCCGGAAGCAGCCAUAAACGAUAUUUACCUCGCUCCACUGUUGCAGUGUCUAAUUGAAGGCUUGGGUGCAGAGCCUAGAGUGGCCUCCAACGUAUGCUGGGCUUUCUCUAGUUUGGCAGAAGCUGCUUAUGAAGCUGCUGACGUGGCUGAUGAUCAGGAGGAGCCUGCAACGUACUGCUUAUCCUCAUCAUUUGAACUAAUAGUUCAGAAACUAUUAGAGACCACUGACAGGCCUGAUGGACACCAGAAUAACCUAAGGAGUGCUGCUUAUGAAGCUCUGAUGGAAAUAGUGAAAAACAGUGCCAAGGACUGUUACCCUGCUGUUCAGAAGACAACUUUAGUCAUUAUGGAACGGCUACAGCAAGUGCUCCAAAUGGAGUCCCAUAUCCAGAGCACGUCUGAUAGAAUCCAGUUCAAUGAUCUGCAGUCUUUGCUGUGUGCCACUUUACAGAAUGUCCUUCGCAAAGUGCAGCACCAAGAUGCUUUGCAGAUCUCAGAUGUGGUGAUGGCAUCUCUCUUGAGGAUGUUCCAAAGCACAGCAGGGUCAGGAGGCGUCCAAGAAGAUGCCCUCAUGGCUGUCAGCACCUUGGUAGAAGUUUUGGGAGGAGAAUUUCUCAAGUACAUGGAUGCCUUCAAACCUUUCCUGAGCAUUGGGUUGAAGAACUACGCUGAAUACCAGGUCUGUUUGGCUGCAGUGGGCCUUGUGGGUGACUUGUGCCGGGCUCUGCAGUCCAACAUCCUGCCUUUUUGUGAUGAAGUUAUGCAGCUGCUUUUAGAAAACUUGGGGAACGAAAAUGUGCAUCGAUCUGUGAAGCCCCAGAUUCUCUCGGUGUUUGGUGACAUUGUUCUUGCAAUUGGAGGGGAAUUUAAGAAAUACUUAGAAGUUGUACUGAAUACCCUACAACAGGCUUCUCAAGCCCAAGUUGAUAAGUCUGACUAUGACAUGGUGGAUUACCUGAAUGAACUGCGAGAGGGCUGUCUUGAAGCCUACACAGGAAUCAUCCAAGGGCUGAAAGGAGAUCAAGAGAAUGUGCAUCCGGAUGUGAUGCUGGUGCAGCCCAGAGUAGAAUUCAUCUUGUCGUUCAUUGACCAUAUUGCCACAGAUGAAGAUCACACAGAUGGGGUUGUAGCCUGCGCGACUGGGCUCAUAGGGGAUUUGUGCACAGCAUUUGGGAAAGAUGUCCUCAAGUUGGUAGAAGCUAGGCCCAUGAUACACGAACUGCUAACUGAAGGAAGGAGAUCAAAGACGAACAAAACAAAAACGCUUGCUACCUGGGCCACUAAAGAGCUGAGAAAACUGAAGAAUCAAGCUUGAUCUGUUACCAUUGGGAUGACACCUGAGACCCCCACUGGAUAAUCUCCAAUCUAUUGAGAAAACAAACCCAACCCGGAAGUGAGGAGUGUGCACGGAUGCUGAGUGUUUGGGAAUGAGAGGAUGAGUGAGUGAGAGGCUUAAAACACACCACGGUGAAAAUCCAGCCACGGCAAACGGCAGCAGCGCUGUUAAUGGAGCUAAUCACUGACUUGCGUAGCAACGAAACCUUGUCAUCGCUUGCCUCCAGGAAGUGGAAAAUGAUUGGUUUCCAUACUUCAAUGCGGUCUCUUCUGACAAGAGACAAAGGACUAACUUCUGUGUCUUGUCGCCAGUGAAGAGGGAGAUGAAUUAGUCUGGAGAGAGAGAGAGAGGAAAGCUAGCUUCAGGGUCAAUUCCGAGUGCUCAUAUAAUAAGGUCUGGCUUUCGUUGCUGGAAAGAGGAGGCGGUGGGAACCCCAGCUCACCUUUUGGGAGGGGAGUUUUUGGCCACUUGUCAGUGCACGAGAGAGCACGAGAGAAACGGGACGGGUGAAGGAUUUUCUUUCAAGAGUGAGUGUGUGUGAAUGAGGCGAUAUCUACAUUCUCAACUUUUAAGUCAUUGCAGUUAAUCUUUCCCAAAAAAAAUUAAGAGAAAUACUGAAGAGGUUAGCAGUUGCAUUUCAUAAAACUAACAAAGUUCAGUCUACUUGAAGCGGCAGAAGAGUAAGAGUUUAAGGGGGGGAGGGGGGAAGAGAAGUUGCUCCGUAAUAGGGCUUCUUUAGAGAAACGCUGGUGGGAUGUUCAAAGCUCCCGUCGUGACACUUUUUCACGAUCUUGUUUCAUUAAAAAGCGCCUUUCCUUCCUUAAUUUUGUUCAACUGUGAAUGUAGAAACCAAGGGGGCAGGGUGGGGGGAGGCGGGGAGGGUGUCCAGAAAAAAACACACAACUCUCACGUAUUAGUAGAGAGAUUAGGAUCCAAUUCUCCAAAUGGGAUGCAAGGCUUUAAAACAAAACAACUAUGCUAAAAAAAAUUGGCAACGACAAAAACCCAAAGGGACACAGCCCCUCUCUUGGCGUGAACAAAGUAGCCCGAACCACACACAACUGUGCCAAAGAGUUAAAAAAAAAAAGGAAACAAAAGUCCAAAUGAGAAAAAGAAACCUUCAGGAAAUAUUUUGGAUUGCAAAAAAUGAGGAUGAAAUUCAAAUGUUCAAACAAAGCAAAAAGAUAAAAGUACGAUUUGGAAACCUCUUGGCCUAUUGGUUCUCUUUAUUUGAUUCUGAAUAUGGUAUUAGUCUUGCUGCACUUCAAAAAGGAAAAAUUUAUAUAAAUAUAUAUAUACUGACUUGAGCUUACACAGGAUGGCACUUGUAAAAGGUUAUAUUUUUCCACUGCAGUUAAAGAUUAAUAAAAUGGUGUCAAACAUUCCCCCAGUACUACUUUUUUUUCUAUUGGUCCUUACAGUAAACAGGAGAUCCAUGUUACUUCAUUAUUAUUAUUUUUUAACAAAAGAGAGCAGUUCAGAUAUGGGCGGCUAUGUUCUAGGUGUACCAGUUUAAAUUCUAGAGUUCUAUAACAUUUAAAACAAUUUCUUAAAGGAAGGGGGAGAGGCAGCUGUUCUAUAGCUGUUUAGGAUUCCUAGACAAAGGUUGAAGGGGGGAAUAAGACGUACCUGCUUCUAACUAUGCAGCUAUUGAUGCUUAGGGGCUUUUAAAAGAUGGGUGCUUUUUAAGCUUGCCUUGUCAGGAAAUCUAAUGCCUUGCAAGAAGCAUUUCUUU